AUGACACCUGGUAUCGAUAAUAUCGUUGGAAUUUAUCGUCUUCAUACAGGACAAAAAAACUAUGCAACUCCGUUGUUGUUCAAAACGUAUGCACAAUGGUCUUUUUUACAACAAAAAGCAUUUGAUUAUCUUAUCUGGUCUACUUUAGCUCAUGCACUGGAGUUUAGUGUUGCACUUUUAUGUUGGCUUUGGAUAUUUCCAAUAACAUUUUCUGAAGCAAAUGAAUGGCAUUUUAAAUGGGUAUCUCGAGUUUUUCUUUAUAAUUUAGCAUGCGAAUUUAUUUUUUAUUCAUUUUGGCAUUAUAUGACUCAAUCACGUCGAAGUCCAUAUGCUCAAGGACCAUUACAUGAAAAAAAAUUUAAUCCAAACAAUCCGUAUGAAGAAAAAGGUCAACAUCAUUUAUCAAGAGAAAUGACAUUUACAACACUCGGUUGGUUACAAUCAGCUUUUGUUCAAUGUGUUUUUAUGUGGUUAUGGGCUAGUGGACGAUUACCUUAUUAUAGUGAUUUUUGGUCUCGCCCAUUCUUUUCAAUUUUUAUUAUUUUGUGUGUUGGUCUUUGGAGAGAAUUUCAUUUUUACUGGAUUCAUCGUUUUAUGCACCCAUGGUGGUCUGUUCAAAAUGGAUUACGUCAAGGUGAUAUUGGUGCAUUUCUUUAUCGUCAUGUUCAUAGCCUUCAUCAUCAAAGUCGUAAUCCUGGUCCAUGGUCUGGUUUAUCUAUGCAUCCAGUCGAACAUUUCUUCUAUUACACAUGUGCAUAUUUUCCUCUUCUUUUUGCAUGCCAUCCACUUCAUUUCCUUUUUACAAAAUUCCAUGCGGAUAUUUCACCAAUUGGUGGUCAUGAUGGUCAUGAUAAGCCAGGUGGUGGCUCAGAUUUUCAUUAUUUACAUCAUGCGUUUUUCGAAUGUAAUUAUGGAACUCCAUUAAUGAAUUUUGAUCGUGUAUUUGGUACCUACAAAGAAUUUGUUAAGAAACCGUCAACAACUGAUGGGCAUAAAGAUUAA